AUGCGUGGUGUGCCCGGAGAGACUACAUUUCCCGGCGGGCACUUGAUCCAAACCAAUGGGCGGAGAGGGUGCUGGAGGCCACGCCGCCCUCUGGGAGAUGUAGUCCGCUCCCAUUCCGCUGCAACGGUUGGGGUGGCGAGGACAACUACAUAUCCCAGCGGGCCGCGGGCACCAACUUCUCAUCUGCUCCGGCGCCGUAGCUGCACGCCGGGAGAUGUAGUCUGUGUCCUCGUUCGCCGCAAUGAUGGGAGCGGCGGGGAGAACUACAUUUCCCAGUGGGUGUCGCGGGGCGGAAUGCUGAGGUGGGGUGGGCCUCGGCCGUUGGCUGAAGAUGGCGGAGGCGGAGGAGGAGGAGGCGGUGGUGGAGGAGGAGGCGGCCGCAGCCCCGGCCCGGGGCCCCGCACCGUCCGCAUCGUCAAGUCGGACAGCGGCUACGGUUUCAACGUGCGCGGCCAAGUGAGCGAGGGCGGCCAGCUCCGCAGCAUCCACGGCGAGCUGUACGCGCCGCUGCAGCAUGUCAGCGCCGUGCUGGCGGGGGGAGCCGCCGAGAGGGCCGGGGUCCGCAGGGGAGACCGCAUCCUGGCCGUGAAUGCAGUGAACGUGGAAGGAGCAACUCACAAGCAGGUGGUGGAUCUAAUCCGGGCCGGAGACCGGGAAUUGCUGCUCACCGUUCUGUCCGUGCCCCCUCACGAGCUGGAGACUCUGGACCCCAGCGAUGACUCCUCAGGGCAGUCCUUCUAUGACUACUCAGAAAAGCAGGCCAUUCCCCUCUCCAUCCCCAGCUACAAGCACGUCGAGCUCAACGGCGAGAAAUUUGUUGUCUACCACAUCUACAUGGCAGGCCGCCAGCUGUGCUGGAAGCGGUACCGGGAGUUUGCCGUGUUGCACCAGAACCUGAAGCGCGAGUUCCCUGACUUCACCUUCCCCCGGCUGCCGGGAAAGUGGCCUUUCUCCCUGUCGGAGCAACAGCUGGACUCUCGCCGCCGGGGCCUGGAGGAGUACUUGGAGAAAGUGUGUUCAGUAUGUGUCAUUGGAGAGAGCGACAUUGUGCAGGAAUUUCUCUCCGACUCCGAUGAGAACUUCAAUGGGGUGUCCGAAGUGGAGCUGAGGAUUGCGUUCCCCGACAGAACCACGGUGUCGGUGAAGGUGAAGAAAAACAGCACAACCGACCAGGUCUACCAGGUACCUUCACUCCCGCAUCGAGCCCGCUGGGAGCGUCCUGCGCCGUGCCACGCCGAUCCCUGUCCGUGCGCGUCGCCGUCCGCCCUGGGGUCGCAGAGCCUGAUCGGGCUGUUCCGCUCCCUCCCUCCCUGCAGAACGGAAGCUGGCCCCCAACGAGUUUCCUCACAAGCUCUACGUGCAGAAUUCCACGUCUGCCACGGUGCCUGGAACCUGCCUCACUGUCAGGAAAUGGCUGUUCACUACCGAGGAGGAGACCCUUCUCAAUGA